AUCUUGUUGUCUUUUAGUCUUUUGUCUCUGCCGUCUAUCAGAAAAUAUCUCCUUAUCGCAGCUCUUUGCCAAUCUAGACUCUCGCCACCUAUCCUCAAAAACCUUUACAAGCUUUCAAAAUGAACUCUACUGGAUCCGACCUUAAUCUGGGACCUGACCAACCCAUUAUAGACCUUAUAGACCCGUACAGCCUCGUUCCCAGCUACGAAUGGCGCAAUGGAGAGCCUCAAUCAUCAGAGGUGUGGUACCAUGAUAGAGUCUAUAACCGCAUAGUUGGCUACAAUAGACUAGGCUCCUUUGCAGAGCUCAUUAGAGGCUUCAACCUCUAUCCUCACCUCUACUGGAUCAUCACCAUGAACAUCCGCCAGUACAUCCUCGACCACAACCUCUGGGAUCUGGACCUCGGCCAGCAAGCAGACAAAGAUCAAGCCCUCGCCAGCAUGGAAGUCAUCAGAAGGCGCUUCGCCAUCGAGCUCGGCCCCGGCGCCCCUGCCAGCAAAAAUAUCGCCUCUCCCUCCGAAGCCUGGCGUGCCAAAGCCCUCCAGGGCUGGUUCCAGCGCGAGCGAGAUUACGUGCGUAAAAACCACACCUCCUGGAAGCUCACCGGCCUCUCCCCUGUCUGCCCAGUAUACCCGCACAACAACCUCGACCUGUCUGCCUCCACCAACCGCUCCAACCCGCACCGCCCGAACUUCCAGCCCCAGGCCAUCAUCAUCGCCUUCCCCAACCACCCAAUCAUCACCCAGCACGACCUGAUGCUGGUGCCGCUGGAUGAGCUCCGCAAAGACAUGACGGCGCCGCUACGCGAUCUCAUCCCGGCUCCCCACGUAGAUACGAACCCGCGCUUCCCCAGCCGUCCGGUACGAUACUCCGGCUUUGACCUCACCAAGCUGGUCUGCGCCAUCCAGGCCCGGCUGAAUCGCCCCAACGUGCUCAAAAAUGGCGCCAUCUACUACCACCAUGACGGGGUGCGUGUCUUUAUCAAGACCAGCGACGACGUCGGUGCCUUCUUGGUGGCCAAGCGCGCUGAGACCUGGACGAAGCCGUUCUACGAGCUUCGAGUGCGGAGUGUGCUGAGCGGUAAGGGCCAGGAGGUCAUCGACAAGGAGGAUUUCGUCUGGGCGUUCGACGGCGAGUAUGUCCCGCCACAAUGGUCCGAGAGGGUCAUCGGGACCGGGCGACUCGCCGAGUCGCAGGAGGUGAAGCGCCUGGAGAUAGUUGCGCGGAGGGCGGAGAGGGAGAGGGAAUGGCUCCGCCUUGCGGAAGCAAGGUCGCACUUGAAGAGGUGCUUCAAGGAUAGCAUGAAACCUCGCACUAUGUAUUAAUUAGACCCGG